AUGACGAACAUUAGUGUUUUCAUUUUUAAAGCCAUUGAGAAUUAUUAUAACAGAGCAAGUUUAACUGUUGUCGGGGAAUCUGAAGCAGCUAUAUCUGAUUUCAUCAAUAAUGCUCAAAUACUGAUUCUUCACUGCUUUAUUAGUAAUGAUAAUGUUGCUUGUCAUACUAAGAUACAGACAGUUGUAAACAAAUCUAUAGUCUUUUUUAAAAUUACUGCUGAUGAUUUAUUAAAAGAAGACUCUAUCAACAAUAUUAACAUUUUGACUCUAUCGAGUAAUGCAGCAGAAUCGUUGUAUCAAAUUUGGAGACAGAUUUACACUCCUCUAUUGGUUAUGGGAAAUGAUUUAUUUUCCAAUAAACUACAGAAAAACAUUACAGAUUUGGAAUCCAAUUUAAGAGUUUUAGCACAUGGGAAAGGAAGUAGCAACAUCAAUGUGAUUUUAUCAAUUGAGGAUGAAUUAAAAUAUUGGAGGACAAUAGGAGACAAGAAUGAUUCUAACAAAAAGGAACAAGAGGCGGCAUCUACUUUCUGUGAACUAUUUGAAGAUGUCAUCGAAGAAAUCAGAAUGAUCCAGUCUAGCACAAUUGAUGAAGUUAGAGAAUCAGUUGAGAAUAUUGGCGGCAUUCUUGAUGAUGUGUGGCGUUUCACCACUUUACCGUUCAAACAAGACAGGAUGGUGCAUGUGUUCGAUAUUAUUGGUUACACAGUAUGCAAUACAAUUCAAAAUAAGAUUUCCGAACUCAAUCUUUGGAAGGUCCAAGAACAAGGGAAGGAAAGUGAAUUGCUAAUGUUUUUAUCAGAGGGAUUAAAAGUGCUUCAGACAUGGCAAACUGCUUGUGUAUCUUUGACAGAGACUUACUGGCCUAACUACGCCUUACACUCGUGGAAUGGGAACCCUUAUGUCCCACCGUUUUGUGUGAACUUUCAAAAAAGGCUCAAAGAGGUUUACGACAUCAGAUCCAUUUACAGCCAGUUGAAUAAGUUGCUAUCCAGUCAUGAGAGAUCGGAACUAAAAACUGAGACAUUUUUUACACCAUUUGAGAAUAUAAAUAUUUGGAUUUGUAACGGUCCUAACGCAGCUUGGGAGACAGCCACUUUAAAGUUCUUUACUAGUUUACGACCAGCCGAAACAAAAGUAGCUGAAAAACUUAAGCCACGUUUACAUGACAUUUCGACUAAACAGAUGCUCUAUGAAUUUAUAAGAUAUAGUGCACUAAUAGAACGCCCUCUGGUGAAACAAGCUUUAAACAAUGAACUGGAGAUAUUUGUGACGUCUCUCAUCUCCAUGCUGAAGAGUCUUCAGAGCCAAAUGGACUCCGAUGAUAUGGAAGGCGAGAUGUAUCAACCUGCAGAAAUGUCGCCUGUUGUUCAUCAGGUCCAAUGGGCUAAGCAAAUGGAAGCGAAAGUUAAAGAAAUUCAAACAUGUGUAGAGCAACAUUUAAAAGAGUUUAAAGGAAGUGGAGAGCUAUUGAGCCUUGCUGGCAAAGUUUUGAAAGAUCUCAAAAAUUUGUAUACUCAACUACACGAAGAGUGGUGCCGAGAUUUACAGGCUCAAGCUAAAAACGGUUCUUUACAAAUAUCAGCUGAUAAACCGGUAGUAGAAUUCAGUAGCAGCACUCGCAUGAUGGUGGUGAACUUCAACCCUGGUUUAGUGCGAGCUGAGCUGGAGGCGCGAGUGCUAGCCGCGCUAGGCCUGCCACCUCCACCCGCGGCCGCCGCUCUUCACGAUCUUACCAAUGCACUUGCACACGCAAGACCUUUACAUCAGGUAGCGUCAUUCCACAACACGCUUGGUGAACGUAUGAUACCCUCGACACGGCCAAUGAUGCUUCAAGCCGCACUUGACUUGUCUAACUUAGUUCAGGACCAGAAAGCUGUCUACUGGGACGACGUGGAACAACUCGUCAACUAUACUAAUAAAUUGAAAACGAUAGUCCUUAAGUUAGAAAAUCAGAACACUUAUCUGACCAGCCAGCAUGUAGCUAUCAGAAAUAUUGUUCAAAAACUAAUGGAUACAGAACUUCUAUCUAAACAACCCGAAUGGAAGAAGAGUGUUAAAGACAUAAGAGACAUUAUUGAUACGGUGGAAUCAAAUGGUUAUAAAAAUACUGAACUGUGGAGAUUACACUGGGACUGGCAACUGUAUAAGACACUUGAAUACCAAUACAUAAAGACGCUUCUAUCUUUACACAGACAUUUUCCGCAUGUUAAAGUGGAUUUGCAACCAUCUCAGGCAAAGUCGUUUGAGAAAGGUUCGAACCCCCGCCAAUAUGGUCAUGGUGUUCGCGUACAACCAGCUAUCGAAGAACUUCGAGUCCAACAUUAUCAUCAGUUACGACGACUGGUAUCGAUGCCGGCGCAAUUUGUAGGCGUACAGCCUAACAUAGUGGACACACAGACUAUAUUUGCAACAAUUGUGGACAAGCAUAGUUGGCUAGGCAAUAAGGCAGUAAAACAGCUCGAAGCUGCGCUGUCCGCCCUAGAAGCUAGCUGCGAGUCGUGGACACGCCGGGCAGCAUUAGCAUGCGUACCAGAUUUAGACGCACUAUGUACCCAACAUCUGACAGAACCAGAGCACUGGGAGCUCAACUUUAAAGCGUGUAAAGCAUACGGCCAAGCCGUGGCUAAAAUGACUUUUGAGGACGAAAAGAUAGAAUGGAUAUCAGUUGGCACAGCCACGCUUCGGCGUGAGUUCGAAGCUCAAACACGUAGUCUGUGGGCAUGCCUCAUGUCGUCCCUGAUGUCGAGUUGCCGCGCUGACUCUUCAAAGCUAGAUGCUUUCGUAGCGUCAGCAACCAUUAUGCUCGACAACAACGCAAUGCCAAAAAAUGCAAAGGAAUUAUCUGAGAUGAGCGCGACACAACAAGCUUUGCAACAACAGAUGCCCGAGAUGGAAAAGACAGUAGAAGCAUUGAAACGAAAAAGCCAUAUGUUACGUACUUGGGGCGGAGACACCUCGGUCGAUGGAACUAUGAGGGAAUGGAAAAAAAUACAUGAAUUAAUGCUAAGUCAACAGAAACUGUUUGAACACCAGGCUGAAUUAGUGAAGUCGAGCUUGGCCGGUGAUUGGGAGAAUUUGAACUCUACCGUUGAAGCCUGGACGUCACGCUGGAGCCAAGCAAAACCACGGCUUGAAGACACACAUAAUGUAGACUUUGCUGAGAUGCUCGAUAGAUGUCGCUCAGUGUUUGAUGCACACACGCAAUGGAACAAGUUUAUUAGCGAUAGAGAUGAGUUGUUAAAAGAGUGUCAGAAAUUCAAUAUGGAAAUGAAAUUAACUGAGAUUUGGGGACAAGCUGAUAAACUUAUGACCGAUUACGUCAACUUGUGGACAGCUUUGAAGGAGUACAAUGAAGAAUUUGAGAAUAUCGCAGAGCAAGACUGGAUAGUGUUCCAGAAGAAAAUUCAUUUGAUCGAUGAAUUCUCUAUGAAAUGGAAAAAAUGCCUUGAACCUUUCACCGCAGUUACUUUGUACAUACGACAGCAGCUGGAUAAGUACUCGGAUUUGACGCCUUUGCUCAAAUAUCUCCGAGGAAAUGAGUUCACUGAACGGCACUGGAGAGAAGUAUUCAGUCUUCUUGAGAUGGAAUAUAAAACGCCGGAUUCAUUGCUAAAAAUUUGUACAUCGGCAUCAAGUGAGUUUGCCAUUAGAAAUGCUCUCAAUGAACUAGAGAUUUGGUUUGCUGGUGCUAAAUUAGCUAUUACGUAUUACAAUGACAAAGCGAAGCGACCCACUCCUAUUGUAAAGGAUUUCAAAGAUGUACUCAGUAAGAUCGAAGAACAACAAUGGGUGGUAUCGUCUUUGUCUGGCGGCGUUGGGGCUGGUGGUGCAGAUGCGUGUGGUGCUUGGGACUCGCGGCUGAGGUCUGCGCGGGCGCUCUUACGUGCCACACACCACGCCCAACGCAGGUAUGUAACUGUAAUUCUCAGAGCUCUAACUUUAUAA